GAUUUUGUGUAAAUUUAAAAAAAAAUAGUUAUAAACAGCUGAUAAUUCCAAAAUAUACUAUGAGAUUUCUCUUCUGGUUUGAAUAAUCAGAAAUAUCCCAGUAAACAUUAAUGAAUACAAAAGCAAGUUUUAUUGAUUACAGAAAAAUAAUUUUAAACAAUUUCGUCAUUGGAUUUGACCUCACAUUAAUUUAUAAUCGAAACGAACACCGAAGAUAACAAUGAUUGAAACAUGUUCGAAAAAAUGCAUGUUGUUGGGAACAGUUUCUUUAGGAAUAUUGACUCUCGUAAUCCUGAUUUUGGAAUCACACUUGGCCGAAACAUUAUCUGGCAGUAGUAGGAUGAAGAAUAAAACAUUUCCUUCUGAGAAUAAUUCUACUUGCUGGAUGCAUCAGCCUUAUAAAGUCAUCAGUGAAUGCCAUCCUUGUUCAGACUUCGAAAUCAGAAGUAAAAGCAUAGGAGUUUGCAUUCAUACAAGCUUUAAGGAAAUUUUAAAAUGUGAUAAUGGUGAAACAGUAACAAGAAGCUGUGAUCGUGUUGCAUAUUUAGAAGAGAGAGCAUUUUGGAAAUUUACCAUUUGGUCAUUUAUAUUAGGAACAAUAUCAUCUAUAGCUGUUAUGUUACGGAUGAGAGUUUUAAACCACAGGGCUAAAAGAAGAGCAAGACAAGUUUUGGCAAAUGGAUCAUUAUAAGUCUUUAAGUCAGACCUAUUGCCACUAAGUUUUUUUAUGAAUUGAACUCGCCAGGCGAGUGAGAGGCAUUGGUUGUGUUUAAUAUACAUAAAUAUAUUCUGUAUUAUUCAAUGUAACUUAAAA